AACAAUAAAUAAUUGUUAUAUAAUAAUUUGGCAUAAUACUUAAUGUAUUUGUGCCAACAUUUCCAUAGUUUAUAUUAAUAUUUAAAAAUAACAAAUAUAUGAGUACAAAAUAUAUGAUGUUUGAACAUUAAAAUGUGUAAUUGUAUUAAUCGAAAGAAAAAAAAUCUGCCGUCAUUUCUAUAUAAAAAACAGUGGAAAAAAUAUUAAACCAAAAGGCUUUCAGUUCUAGACGUUGCUAUCGUUUCUUUGUUGAAGAGGUUUUUUUCUCAAGACAUAUCCGGGUUAAUGUCUUGUGACAGGCUAUUAUAUAGGGGAACUAACUUCGCAGAACCCUCAUUUUUCUGCACCGUAAUUACCUCUGCGUGUAUUUGUAUCACAAGCUCAUUAAUCAUUAUAUUAUAUCGCGUGCCUACAAUGUCGCCGAUGUCCCCGUGCGGUCGAAAGCGAACCCGAAAGCCGAGCCUAUGCAAACGAACAGAAAAUACGCGAUUAAAGCAGUACUUCUCUUCACUUUGCCGAAGUUAGAUCAAUUGAUCCGAUAUCGAAAUUCACAUCUUCGGCGAAAAGAGCUAGUAGAACUAGUUUCGUAAUCGCGAUCUGCGAGAUUAAUAUUCUUCCAGCUUCAAAGAUGUUGCGUCAUAAAAGGGUACAGCGAAAAUCGAGAACGUCUGAAAAAUAUGAUAAUUACAUAUAAUUGCAAUAAAAUUACAAUAAUUUCAAACAAUGCGGAAAUUCAAAAAGCAUUGAAGAAAUAUCUGAAAGCUAUCUUAGAUGUCUUUUAGAUAGCUUUUGGAUUCUUUUCAAUGUUUAAACACAUUGGAACCAUUACAAAGACUAUCUCCAAAAUGUAUAAUUUUUGGAUUAAUAUAAUAAAUUUUUUUAUCUUAGGGUGGAACAAAAACGACGAGAAGAAUGGCGAAGAAGGUAGCACCCGCGGCAUUGCAAACAGAAGUUGUUAAUGACGAAGAAUGGGCGAAGGUAUUGACGCGGAAGGGUUUAGUAGGCGAGUAAUUUUUAUCUUGUAUAAGUAUAGAAAUAUCUUUUCGAUUAGAUUGUUAUAAAAGGAAUUUUUGAUAUAAUGUCCUUGUUUAGUAGUAGAUGUGUACUCGGACUGGAGUGGUCCUUGCACAGGCAUGGUGAGCAUCCUGAAAAAGAUAAAGAUGGAAAUUGGAGGCGACGCAUUGAGUUACGCCACGGCAAAUUGCGAUCACGUCACCGAUUUAAAAAGAUUUCAAGGAAAGAGCGAACCCAUAUGGAUGUUUAUUCAUGAAGAACGAAUGAUCAAUUUAAUGUUUGGAGCGGAUUGUCCGCAGUUUGUGAAAAUGCUGACGACCGAACUCGAAAGGGUUCAAAACGGGGGCGAGCACGAAUUCUCGAUAGACGUUUCCAAGAUGAGUCCAGAAGAAGUAACACGAGUGAAAAUCGAGGAAGAGACAAAAAUAGCCAAGGAAAUAGCGAGAAAAUCUCGGAAAGAAGCUGAAGCUAAAGCGAGAUACGAGGCGGAGAUGCUGCAUCUGACGACAUCAUUGUGCAACGAGACUUGUCUGCUGCUGUUUCCCUGGAUAUUCAAAGACGAAGAAGGACGUAGAAGAGAUAAGAGGAUGAGUCCACCAUAUGUGGAAUUAGUUGAAGAAUUAUUACCGGAAAAUUACACUGUGGAACAAGAGAUACGCAAACGACUGAAUGAGGAUUUGCUCCGGCAGAUGCUCGAUGAAUCUACAUAUAGUUUUUCGGAAGCUACCAAACAAUUGCUCUUUGAUGGCAAAUGUAUGUUUAUGCGAUUGAAGAUUGUCGAAGGGAGAAAGAAUCUGGAAGUUCAUAAUUAUCUGUGCAGUAUUCUGUUCAAUGAACCAACAUUACCGGAAACAGACGACUGUUUAAAUGAAGAUUGUUACGCCGGAAAACAUUGCCCAGCUUUUGACAUUCCUGACAAGGAAAAUAGAAAAUUUCCUUUUGUUUGGACACCUCCAAAUCCUAGAAACAAGGCAAUUGUUUUUCGUACAAUAUUCAAUGUUUAUACUAACACAACAUAUCCGUAUGAAGAUAAAAUGACAAAAGUGCCAAUAACCAUCUUCAAAUAUGAUUAUACGCGUAAAAAUGAUUUAAAAAUGGUGUUGGACAUGUUCAACGAUGAGGUCCUCAAUUUUGGUAUAUUUGAAUAUGAUAAACCGCCUGAGGCUAAGAUAAUUGCCAAAAGUAUAGAGACAUUCGAGAUGAACACGGAAGAGAAGACAGGGUAUUCUCUUCUAUCAUAUACAUAUAUAUAAAAUUAAAAAAUUCAGUGAUGUAAUCCAUUUUUCCAGAAUUUAAAAAAGUUAAUCUAUAAUUUAAUUGUGACUUUCUUCUUUAAAAACUAUGGACAAUAUGCUAUA